GUUCAAUCUGUGGAGUGAGCAGAGGCAGUAGUGGUCAUCACAGAAAGGUUGAGACAUGACUCCUGCUGUCUUCCUGAUCAUCCUGUGCGUGGGAGUUGUGUCAGGUGCUUCAGCAUUCGAUCUCAGUUUGGAUGUCCAAUGGCAAGAGUGGAAGAUGAAAUAUGAAAAAUUAUAUAGUCCGGAGGAAGAACUCCUGAAGAGAGUAGUAUGGGAAGAAAAUGUGAAAAAGAUUGAACUGCAUAACAGGGAGAAUUCCUUGGGGAAGAAUACCUAUAUUAUGGAAAUAAAUGAUUUUGCUGACCUGACUGAUGAAGAAUUCAAGGAUAUGAUAACUGGUAUUACAUUGCCAAUUAACAACACAAUGAAAAGUCUCUGGAAACGUGCACUUGGUAGUUCUUUACCUAAUUCUUGGUAUUGGCGAGAUGCUUUGCCCAAAUUCGUUGAUUGGAGAAAGGAAGGCUAUGUGACUCAUGUGCGGGUACAGGGACGGUGUAAUUCUUGUUGGGCUUUUCCUGUGGUUGGUGCCAUAGAAGGACAAAUGUUCAAGAAAACAGGCAAACUGACCCCACUGAGUGUCCAGAAUCUUGUGGACUGUUCUAAACCUCAAGGCAAUAAAGGCUGUCGUGGAGGUACUACAUACAAUGCAUUCCAGUAUGUUUUGCAAAAUGGAGGUUUGGAGUCUGAGGCAACCUAUCCAUAUGAAGGAAAAGAAGGACUAUGCAGGUACAAUCCUAAUAAUUCAUCUGCUAAAAUCACAAGAUUUGUGGCCCUCCCAGAAAAUGAAGAUGUCCUAAUGGAUGCUGUAGCAACUAAAGGACCUGUUGCUGCCGGAAUUCAUGUUGUCCACAGUUCUUUAAGGUUCUACAAAAAAGGUAUUUAUCAUGAGCCAAAGUGCAACAAUUAUGUGAAUCAUGCAGUUCUCGUGGUGGGCUAUGGAUUUGAGGGAAACGAAACAGAUGGCAAUAACUACUGGCUGAUCCAGAACAGCUGGGGUGAACGAUGGGGACUGAAUGGAUAUAUGAAGAUCGCCAAAGACAGGAACAACCACUGUGGAAUUGCCACAUUUGCCCAAUACCCUAUUGUGUGAACAGCCUUAUGUCACAAGAAAGCAUGUGCCAUGAGACUCCAUUUCCAGAGGAGUGACAUCAGCUUCAAUGAAUGGCCUUUGAUGAAUACACUAAAAUCUUGAUUUGCUCAAAAUUCUCAUUGUAAUGUGAAUUCUUGGAGCUUUCACGUAUUUGACACGAGCAUUAUAAGUUUUGCUUUCAGUAAUGAAUGCUCAUGUUUCCCAAAGUAACUUUAUUUUUACUUUUAAUGCUUGAGCAAAUAAAAGCCUUUUAAAAAGAAAAAAAAUAA